CCGGGAUCAGCUAUUGUGAAGCAUUGUUAGGUGUUCAACAAGAAUCAUAAAAAAGUUUCUUUUGAUGCAGUAGCAAUUUAAUUCCAUCUAUAUUAAUGCAUAAUGUGCUCUUCUUUGACUGACUUGGAGGAUCUGUUAUUAAGUUUACUUUUAGCUGAUAAAAUGCCGUCAGACUUUAAUAACAGUGUGUUGGAGACGCAGUUGCGUCGGUUUCUUUAUAUUGGUAAAGAAAAACCUGAAUACCAACCUGGAAAUUGGUUUGUGCACCAAUAUUAUUUAGUGAAAAAUAUCCCAUCCAUUGACGAAUUAGCUGGUGAUCCAAUCAAGCAUUACAAGAUAGUUAAUAAUAUUGUGGCGGCAAAAAACAAAUGUCUUGUACAAAAUAAUGAAACAUUAGUAUUCGCUCUUGCAGUUUGUGCACAACAGGAAAAGAAUCAUACUCUUCGUAAGAGUGCAUAUGAUGCUGUAAAGAUAAUUUGUGACACCCCAGAACGUUUUAUUUUGUUCAACAAGUUUUGCUCUCAAAUCAGUAAACAGAAAGAUAAUCCAAAAAAUGGCUGGGGCCAUGGCUGGAGAAGAGCAGUUAAGGAGUGGUAUCUCUCUAAGUCACCUAUGGAGCUUGCAAAAAUUGUAACCCAAUACAAGAGUAGGUAUGGAUGGAAGCAUAAAGAUAUCAUCAAAUUAGCUCAUGUUCCUACGAGAAAAGAUGGUUUAGAUUUAGUAUUGAAAUAUGUAUUAUAUGGUUUAAAAAAAAUCAAAGAAGGUUUUGAGUAUAAUGAACAGAGUACAGGAAAUGAGGAAUUAAUCAAAUAUUUUGAGUCAAUUGAAUACUUUAAAAAUUGUCAAGAUGAAAUUAGAGUAGCUGCAUUAGUGGAAUCUUUAAAUCUCACCCUAGAUCAUAUUCCUGGGCAUAUGUUGAAAUCUGAAGAGGUAUGGAAUGCACUAGUUUCUUCAAUGAAUUUGACUGAUUUGUUAAAAAACCUUCAAAGAAUUCAUAAUUUGGGAUUUCUUAAACCAAAUGGGAUAAUAGUAAGCAAAGUAAUAGACAUCAUGAGUGAAAAAAAUGUCACCGAUGAAAAAUUACAUCCAGCUGUAUUUUUAGUUACUCUGAAAAACUACGAAAAUUCUGGCAAGCCACUGUCAUUUGAAAAACGAAAGGUUAAAGAGCAAGCAAAGAGACCACUUCCACCUCCUCCAAAGGUCAACAAAAAAAUCGUGGAUACUUUGACCAAAAUGCUGAAUUAUUCUUUCACCACCCUGCAACCUACCAAUGUUCGCUACAUGAUUACCAUCAAUAUGAAUAAAACAAUGUUGGAUAAUGGAUGUUGGCAAUGUGGCAACGUGAACGCCGCUGAGGCUGGUUGUUUGAUUGCCCUAUCUCUUCUUCGAGCUGAAAAGAGUGUCACCGUAGCAAUCUUCACGGACAACGGUAUUCAAUGCGUCGAUGUGGAUAUGAACUCAACACUAGUUCAGAUGAUGAGGAAGUUGGAGCCGACGAAUGUUGAAGCCAUCGACUUAAGUAAACCCAUGCUGUGGGCUGCUAAAGAAAACAAGAGCAUCAACGUUUUCAUCAACGUCGUUGAUCAGAUCUAUAAGAAGUCAGAUUCUUCAGAAGAGGGCAUUAAAGCAUACAGAGAAAUAAUGAAUAUACCAAAAGCAAAAUUGGUAAACUGUGCCAUGUGUGCCUCAUCGACAUACGACAAACAAGAAUACGAUACAGAUAUUCUUACUGUAUGCGGGUUCGAUGAAAAGGUACCUAAAAUUAUUGAAGCUUUUGCGCGAUCUUAUUUUUAAGACAUCAUCCGACGACGAAAAAAGUAAGCAGCGCUUUUUUAAUCAAUUUGUUAACAUUUCAUAUUUUUCUUUGCUUCAUGACGUUUUUAUAAAAUGAUUCUUUUCUAUUUUUUCCUUGAUUAUUUGUGGUAAUUCUAAUAGCAUAUGUGCUAUUGAUCAACGGACAAGGUUAAGAAACAAAUUCAUACAAAAGUGUUCAACAUUAUAUUUUAUUUUCAACUUACGUUAUUUAAAAAGAAAUAUUUAGUUAUACUUAGCAUUAAAUAUAUAGGAUUAGGUAAAAUAAUGCAAAUUACUCAGAAUUUACGUAAAUACAAUUUAUUUUAAUAUUUCUAAAUUUUACUCCGAUUCGAAUUUAAAUUAAGCAUAAAAUAAUGGUAUCAAGUGAUGAAUCAGCGUUCAAAAUUACGUAACUAAUAUAUAAAAUGAAGUAAAAAAUAAAUCGUUUUUUUCCACCUAUUUCGACGAUAAAACUCGCAUUGUACUCUAAUAAAUAAAAAAAUAUUUAAAAGUGCGUCAUGGGCAUGCGCAAAUUCUGACGUUGAUUCUACUUGUAAAAAAAUAUAUCGACGUAAUCGAAUCGUCUAACAUCGCUAUGAUAACUCAAUUAUAAUUACAUGUUUAUUAGCGAAUAAUAUGAAAUUAAGCUGUGUGCGGGUUGUUUAAUCAAUUUUUUUUUAUGUCUGGUUCGAUGUUAUUUUUUUAAUUUUUAUACUUAUUAGUUUAUCAGAGUUAAGAAUCAGAGUGCCCUAUAGUGUAUGUAUAUAAAAAAAGCAAGAAAAAAGUUACACAAAAUUUUAUUAAAUUAAAAUUAAAAAAUGAAUACCGAGCUUGUUUUUUAAAAUAGUUCUCAAUGAAACUACUUGUACUUCACAAGAGCAAAUAAGAGUUUUUAUAUUGUUUGUUAAAUUUAAGUGAAGUAAUGAAAAAAACAAAGAACCCGUUUGCACGGCAAAUCAUUAGUAUUAAGACUGGAUAUUAGAUAACUAGAGCAUAUCCAAGGUAAUCUAUGGUGCAUUUCUUAAUAGAAACAAGGAAUACAAAAUAAAAGAACAUACAGAUAAGUGAAAAAAUCCUAUUUUGAGUUCAAACAGCUCGCUUAUUUUGCCGAUAUAUAAGCUGCCUACACAGCAAGCAAACACGCGAAAAAGAUGAUAUUGAACGGAAAAAUAAAAAAUACUUUUCGUAUGAUAUUUGCAUAACUCAACUCGAUAGAAGAUACAAAAGAUGGUACAGAUUCAAAGCUAUAACUUAAACUACGAUUAAACGCAUUGUGUGGACUAGCGCGCCUCUGCCGAUUAGGAAAAAGUACGCUACAAAAAAGAAUAAAAAACGAUAGGAAUUUCUGACUACUUGGUGGUUUAAAAAAUACUAUAGAAAGAAAAAAUUUCCCACUGUGAUAUGCAUUUAGCCCCAAAGAGUAUAGACGUACAUUAGUAUAAUUUACUAUUAUCGUCAUAUUUGCCAUAUCCAAAGUGAAGGAAAAUGAGAAAUAAACUAAUUACGCUACUAAUAUAAUACUGUGAUACAAGAAUACAAUGUUUAUAUUGUUCAAGGUAGUUGAAAAAUAAAAUGGUAAAUAAAUAAAAAAAGGCAACGGAUGGCUAAGAUAAACGUUUAUACAUUAGUCAGAGGCGCGCUCGCACAGUUCUCCACACACUGAUUUGUUGAUUAAUGUUGAUGGCAUGUUUCGAUUUUAGCGCAUAAAUUUUGUUGAAACGUAAGCGAUUAAAAAAAAGAUAAACGUAAAAAGUAUGAGAAUUUGGUAUCCAGCAGAGUAUAGUAAUUAAAAGGCGAGAGACGAAAGAAAAAAAUUAACGAAGCUUGCAAGCCUCGAACCUCGAGUGACAAUUCGCGUACUUUCGAAUGUAGGGUUCUAAAACUUUUUUGAUAAAUUUGUACACUGACUUGAUAAGCUUGUGACACUUGCGAAAGUAACACUAUCAAUCAAGUAACUUUAUUAGACAAUUAUGAAAAGUAGUGUCAUAUAAGUAGUUCCAUUCUCUUCCUGUGAUUAUUGCCGCCCUUUGUACUUGUAAAAAAUAGUCACUGUGUAUUUUGAUAUUGCAUUACGUUUAUUUAUUAUUAUACGUAUACACGUUGCCAACAAAUUCGCAGGUGUCGCGAGAAAUCAUAAGCGUGAAUAAAAGAUAAAAAAACAAUUGUUAGAACGCUGCUUCGCUCACUCUUAUGCAAAAAAACAAAGACGUAAGAUUCUCAUAUGGCUGUGUCCUGCAAACGAAGUCUGUCCUACGGUGUAAAAUUCACCCGAUUCGUACAACACUUUGCAGUUUGUUCUCUUCUUCGCCGAUGACAUUCGAGGUUCUUGACGCUCAUUUACAGAUUUACAUACACCAAUACACACACACACACACACACACACACACCAUAUGUACGCAUAAUUUCUCGUACGUGUAAAAGAAAAACACUUUCUUAUAUAUAAUAUAACAAUUAAUAUUUCUUAACAAAGAAAUGAAAAAUACACACAUACGAUAGGUCGUAAGCAAAUAUAUGUAUAUGAAAUUUCUCUUAGCGCGCAAUCGAAAGAGCGACAAGGAAGAAAUUUGAAAUGAUAAACGAUAUUUCUUGCUGAUCCAUUAUUAAGUAAAAAAAUUUAUAAUCUUUCCUGAGACAAAAAAUAAUACAUACACAUACAGUUCGACUGCUUGAAUAGGCGUGAUAAUUCUGUCACAUUGGAUUACGAGGGUAUAAUAGUAUUUUUUAGAAAAAUUUUUCCUAAACAAUGAAAAAGAAAAAAUGGAAAACAUAAGAAUGUUUUGUGAAAAACAAUGCGCUUAGAGAGAUUAUUUACAGAUAAAAGACGAUAUUGCAAAUCUCGUUGACCAUAAGGUAUUUAAAUUGAUAGUAAUAAUUAAUUAAUCAUUACAAUGUAACACUUUCCUUUGUUUUUAUAAGUAAACGGUCACUUGGAAGAAAAUGUUUAAAAAAAGAGUAGGGGAUUAAUAUUGUAACGAGUACGAUUAUAAUAACACUAUAUAAUAUGCAUUGUAUCUUAUUAGGCAGGUACUUUUGUGCUACGUCUAAAAUCGCUCUUUAACGUAUAUUAUAAUAAAUAUAGUUAACCAAUUUAUUUGUCUCGCCUGCUUAAAGCAGCAAGUUGCGUACGCUACAUUCAUACUUCUUAGAGAUAGCUUUAACGAUAUAAAAAACAAAAUACAUGCACUUUACGUGUUAUAUCCAUACCUAGUUGACGUAAGAUGUUCAUCGACGAGGAAGUUUCAGCUUUGAGUUCAUAGCUCAAAAAGUCAAAGGCGAAGUUCGCGGGAGUGUUUAUAAAGGGCAUUCAUGGGUAAUCGAAACUGUUGUUUAGGGCAAGUGAAAAAAUAUCGUGACAAUAAUGUUGAGAAUUUAGGAUCUCACUUCGAUUUCCGUUGCGGAUAAAUCUCUGGCGACAUUUUUGACAAAAAAAUGAAAACAAUUGUUUCAUCAGAUUGAACGGCAUUCAGCGAAAUUGGGAAUGUUCCGAGCUAUAGAAAAAUUACUCAAAGUUGUUAAUAUUUUUUAUAAUUAAUGUUAAUAUAUCAACAAAACGCGAACUCUCGAUGCGAAUUCGCCCCAUGAAAAACACUCGUCGAUAAUAUAUUCAAUAUACAAUUACACGUGUACCCUCUAUAGCAGUAAGUUUUAACUAACUUUGAGAGGAGAACAGGAGAAUUGGUAAUAUUUAUUCCAAGUCACCGACGACGAGGCUCGUGGUUAAGGAGAAAAAUUUCUAACCGACUGAAAAAAGGAAAUACUCGAUGAGUCGAUGAGUCGUCGAUGACUUACUUGGCACUUUCUGUCGCUGUAAGGCCAUGUUUUUAUUACAUUAUUCAUUGUAAUAAUUAUAAUAUUAAUAAUAAUAAUUAUUAUCAUAUAAAAGAAGAGGGAAGGUAGUGUUUAGUGAAAGUAUAUUACACCGAUUAACGAUGAUUUCUCCAGUACUUUUCCUCUUUCGCAAUAUUAACUAUAUUGCAAUACAUUUGUAGCUUCGUAGCUUGAAGAUACUUUUCAGGUCCAAUCAGUCUGCGUGACACGAUAUAGUAGCGAUUAAAAGACAAAACAAUAUGUUCAAUGUGUUCAAUACCUUUGCGUAACGAGGAAUAUAUGAAAAAGAAACAAAAUAUGCGUAUGCGAAUGUCGGCGAAAUUUUUUAAGUGCUACAAAAAGGCUGUCAAAGUAUGAAACGAUGAUUACACUUUUACUUGAUUAUUCGUUAUGUUCUUUAGUUGUAUACAUUUGCACUGUACACAUUUGGAAGGAUUUUGUCAAUUUUCUUUCCAAAAGAAACCGCUUUUAAUUUGAUAAUCGUCUUACUCGUUGUUGUAGUAUCGACGGGUUCAUUGAUAUUAUUCAUUCCAAAUUUUUCACGUAUUACACGUAUAUUUUUUUAAUUUAAAUCGAUGUUGACGCGAGUAAUGUUUAAUGAUAUUUAUUAUCGCGUUUAGAGAUAAAUCUAUAUAUAUUUUUUAUACCGUUCGCUGUUUCUACCGUUUUAGUGACACAAAUUUUAGGCAAAAAAAAGAAAAAGUUCCUCGUGAUUAUAAAUAUUAUUAAAACGUCGAUUACUUGCAACGAUUAUCAAUGUCAUGCGAAUCAGAAUUGCAAUAACAAUAUUGUUUUCUUUUCAAUUAUUUCCAAUUGUGUAUAAGUACAACGUAGAGGUGACAAGGCAAGAAUUUAUGUUGUACAUAAAUUGACAUAACAGAAGUGACAGCAGCGAUUCCCAACUAAGAAAAAAAAGCAAAAAAAAAAAAAUAAGUCCCGAACAUUAGUGUAAGCCAAAAAAAGCAGCAAAUGAUAUCGUAUUAUAGCAACACACAAUAAGUCACUGUAUUUCACUUGGACUACGUAAAAAAGAAAAAUUAAGCAAAGCACAACUUCAUCCGGUAAACGUGUAAUUCACUCUAACUAGCGUUCUGUACAUGAAUUUAACAAUAAUUAUUAUAAUAUUACGUAAGACUAAAACCCACAAGUACAUUUUACGAUGAUGUAUAGUGCUAUGUUUCUUAGCAUUUAAAAAAAUUGAGCGAAGAAAGAAAACGUAACACGAUGAUGAAAUAAACAAAAAUAAUAAUACUAAUCUGUAAAGGCAUUUUUGAGGUGAUUCACGAACGUCGCAGUCCCGCAACUUUUAUAAAUGACAUGAAAGAUGAAAAAAAAAAACGCUUGAUUAUAUUGUUCGUCAACUGUUGUUAUUCUUAUUUUUUAAGUGAAACACCAAAAAAUGAUAAGUGAAAACGGACAACGCGAAAAAAGUACCUAUUGUAUAAAAGCAAAGAAACAGUCAUAUUUAUAGAUUGUAAUAUGUAUACAUACCUCAAUAUCUUGUUGUCAAUGAUCAAUGCAGGACUGCGACGACAAUGAGCCUCGUAAAAAAAAAACGAGUAAACCCUCCUUCGCAGCUAUAGUAUAGACUUUGUGCAUUUUGUCGGAUUUAAGUCAAGCGUCAGAAAAAGAAUAAUAAGAGAAAACUGACUAAAAAAAUUAUUAAAAAAACCAUAAGCAAAUACGCCUACCUUUCGGCCUUACUACUUUACAUACAUACACGUGUACACACGAAGCACACACCCGACGCGUGCGUUUUUUAUUUGCGUUAGUUCGUAUGAUUAUUACGAGAAAAAGAAAAACAUUAAUAAAAUAAAUAAAAAAACUUCUCACCUUCAAUAGGUAUUGACUGUGUAAAAAAGAACACGUAACAAAGCCUUUGAACUCACCGAUUAUUUGUGACUCGGUAUAAUUAUUGUAUAAUAAGUAUACAGAAGGAAAAAAGUAAUAAACGAAGAAAUAAAAACGCAAUCAUCCUUCUUCUCGUCGUGCGCGAAGUCGAAGCGCCGUUGAUCCUCCGACUCCCCUUCACUGAUUUUAGCUAAAGUAAUGAUAAAAGAAAAGGAAAAAAAUAAACUACGAUGAUUGUUUGUUACACUUAACCAGAAACGUUAUUUUUGUACUUGGGCGCGUUCUGAAUGUUCUACUCUGUGUCUAUUGUAAAACAAUAUCUCGAAGCAAGCAGGUACCACGAGGUCUAUAAAAAAGGUGUACACGAUAUUUGCUGUUGAUUUGUUUCGCAUAACGAAUGGCAUUUCUGUUCUAUAUCAACGCCGUCUUUUAUUUGUUAGUGUUUCGUUGUGUUGGACGAUUUUACUAGGAGAUAAAAAAAUACAAUUCAUACGCGCUUGUAAAGAAUAAAAUAAACACGGGGUUAUACAAUCAAGUACUCACCUACGACAAUGCGGAUGUUAAUUAUAGAACUUCGAAAUUUCUUGUUUUUAUAAACUGUGCGGAUAUUACCCAUGCUGUCGUCGUUCUACUUGAUUAAUCUUUGUUAUUGUUAUAUAUUCCGGAUACCAAAAGGAAACAAGUCGAGAGUUUAAUGAUAAAAAAAUGUACAUUAUAUAGGAAUUCUUUACUAUGUUUUUUGUUAUAUCAAUACAAAACAAAGCAGGAUCCUCAAAAUAAAUUCAUCAAAA